AUGGCCUCACAAGAGGCCCUGUUCCUCUACAAGGAGACCCGUCUGAAUCUCGAGCCCGCAUCACCCGCCAAUGUCGUCAACAUCCGCCUUCCCGCCACCAACGGCGCCGCGCGAUCGUCAAAUCGGCGGACGAAUGGCGCCGGCAAUCUUUCCGACGAGGAGCGCGCCUACCGCGCCAAGAACCUGUCCGUAGCCUCGUCCAUCUUCUACCGAAAACACCACGACAGCCCUCGCGCAUUCCUCUGGCGUGUCCUCGACGACGGCAAGAUCCUCAGUGUGAGGGUGGCAGACGUCUGCAAACCCGACAAGACGCCUGACGCGGGCCUCAUCCUCCAUUUCCACUUCCCCAACGGCCUUCGGCCAUCGUGCGUGGGCUUCGCCGACCCCGAGAACCAGGAUGCGCUCUGUCUGUUCGUGCUCGACGAGGCCGAUCAGCUAUGGAAUCUCGUCCUGAGGCCCGACUUCUUUCGCAAGCGCUCAGCGCUCGAGAACGGCCUAGGAGAGGCGUGCAAGCCACACAGCUCAGCCGCAUUCCACUUCAAACAACCACAUCGACUCUUCGCGGUCAGCGCCGACGAGUUCAUCGUCACCCUGUUCGAUGGCGGUAUCCUGCGUUUCCACAAGAUCAAGGGGCACGAAGCUUCCGAGUGGAAAGAAAGCUUCCAUUCGCCAACCAGCUGGACGCGCAACCUGCGAAGCAUACUCCCCUUCCAGGGCGGCCCGACCGUCAAGUACGGGGGCACCAACAUGGACAUGACGGCAGCCGCAUCGGCCGUGAUGACAUCGAUGGACCUCGAUCAUCAGUGUUUUUUGUUUACAGUCUGUCUCGAUCACCGGCUGAGAGUGUGGAAUGUCCCCAAGGGAGAAAUCGCGUACACGGGCGACAUUCUCGGCCUCAAUCGCGAUCCGCAAGAGAUUGGCAAAUGGUCGGUAAACCCAGACCAGUCCAACCUGAUUCGAAUUAUGGCUGUUCACGAGGGUUCCUGCAUCUUUGCCGUCUACUCCCCGGUCGGCGCGGGCACAUUUAAGUUUUGGAAGGCAACGGCUUUGGCGGACGGCAAGAUUGAGCUAGACGAUGUCUUUGAAGAUCGUGACCUUGUGCCCCCGACACCCUCUGCCGCUGAUGUCUGGACCCUGGCAGAUUUUGGAGUCUCGCAGGGCGCUCGCCGGUCCAUCAACCUCUGGGUUCUCUGGAAGAACAACCUGAUCUACAGGGUGACAAAAUUGCAUUUUACCAAGAGCAGCCUGAAGACAGCUUGGAUCCACGACUGGGUCAAUGUUUUUGCCGACACCUCAUACCCUACGGCGCAAAGCUCAGGGCCGUGCGACCCGAUCGACCCCACGGAAAAGUGGCUGCAGGUCAUCUUUCACCCCGGACGAUUCUCGCGAUCGACUCUGGAGACAGCCUUGCAAGUCUACGAGCGCGGCCUGGGCUCGGCCAAGGAGGCCGUCUCAUCCAAGGGAGGAAAGGGAUUGGCAGAGGCAAUAUGUUCCGUCCUCGGUGCUACAGCAACCUUGGAGAAGGGGUCAGGAGACGGAAUGGACUACGAUCAAUUCAGAAGCACGAGCGAGACCCAAUGGCGGCGUUUCUACCGCUUGGUGAUCGAGCUCGACAAACAACGGGGAGAGGCCCUGUCUCUUGUUGUUGACCCGGAGCUGGGCAUCACCUGGGUUGUAUGCGCGGACUGUAUCGGCGCGAUCCGAGAAUGCAGCGCGCUGGAUAGGGUCUAUCACAAUCUGGACUCUCCCGAGACCGGUUCUCAGCAUAUAUCGAGCCUGCUGGUCGCUGGUACGACCUUUAUGGAGAGCUUUUCCGACGGCAUGCAGCAACUGUGCGUUGCGGCGCUGCGGUCCGAGCUGUAUGAAGAUUCGGCCAAGACGGACUACGAGCGCAUCCAAUACUUCUCAGACAAGGCGGGGUUCUGGCGCCAGGUCACAGAGGAGGAUUGCGCACAGGUGACAGAUCUGCUGGGUGAAAACUUCAAAGUCGUCGACAUGGACCUCUAUCAGCAGCUCCUCGGCCUCAUCGAAGAGUCAGAAGAGGCCCGCAACCGCGAUGUGCGGCAUCCCUUCACAUCCUUCGGCCAGAAGUUGGCGAUCAAAGGCGUACAGGAGACGGCAGAAUUGCACUGGCGGGUACUGCUUAGCCAGCUGAUUCUGCUGGUACACAUGGAGUUCGAAUUCGACAACGAUGAAGACGCGCUACACUCACGGUUUGACAUCGGCCUUGUCUACCGCCAGAUGAUCCUCGCACUUAAGCGGUUAGAGCUUGUCAGGUGGCUUGCGCGCACCGAGGUCAGCGUCGCGCUGCCCAAGUCCGAGAGAGCCUCGUUCUCUGGUACCUCGCCGGCAACUACCAAGCGCACCGCGGAAGAAACCCAGGUCAUCACGGUUCUCGAAGCCGCCCUUGGCCACUUGCUCGGCAUGGGCGAAGUAACUGACAGCCUCGCAUCCAAUCUCACCGAAGUCAUCACCGGCGUUUGCGCUCCUAGAAGUUCGUUGGAGUUGGAGGCCCCGAUGGUGCAGUGCUUACUCCUGAAGCGCGACCGUCCCGACCUCGCGGAUGGUCUGAGUGGCUUCGUCCGCCAGGACCCCUUCCCAGUUUAUAUCCAGGGCCGCGUUUCAUUGGCGCUUAGGGAUUACGCCUCCGCUGCUACGAGCUUCAGGAGAGCAGCAAUUGGCAUGAGCACGCCUCAAAAGCACCUCCACCGCCACAGCGCAGGUCUGAUGGAUGACACAGAGUGGAAUCUGAUCUACACCGGCUCGGCCAAGUACUACUCUCACAUUGCCUCCCUCUUUGACCGGCAAAAAGCAUAUGCCCAAGUCAUUGACUUUGCUCGCCUCUCAUUGCAAUUCGCAACCGGUCAAGACGCCAGCACGCAAUCCGUCCGCUCGGAGAUGCUCAGCCGGCUCUUCACCGCCUCCACCGCCCUCUCGCGCUUCGACCUCGCGCACUCGACGCUCCUCUCCAUGACCAACCGCGCCCUGCAGCACUCGUGCCUCCGCACCCUGGUCGAGAAGAUGUGCGACGCCGCGCAGACGGCCGAGCUCAUCGCCCUGCCCUUCUGCGGCCUGCAGGGGGCCGUCGACGACACGCUGCUGGCCAAGUGCCUCGCGCCGACCAGGGACGGCGGCAGCGCGCCCGCGCAGGAGCAGCAGCCGCCGUACCACCAGAUCCUGUACGCGUGGCGCGUGGCGCACGGCGACUACCGCGGCGCGGCGGCGGUGCUGCUGGACCGGCUGCAGAAGCUGCGGGCCGCGGGCGAGGGUGACAGGCUGCUCGGCGACGACGCGCUCGACACGCCCGUCACGAAGCAGUACCUCCUGCUCAUCAACGUGCUCAGCUGCGUCGCGCCCAAGCAGGCGUGGAUCUGCACGGAGGACCUGGAGGCGGGCGGCCCGGAGAGCGGCGGCGGACCUGCGAGGGAGUCGGAGGACCCGGCGGGGCUGCUGUCGGACGGCGCGGGCGUUGAUGACGACGAUGGCGCCGACGGACGGGGGGACAGGGAGAUUCCGGAGAAGUUCAGGGCGCUGCUGCGGGCGCAGCGGCGGGGCAGCGUCUCGUCGGGCCCGGAGGAGGAGGAGCGCCGGCGGCGGGGCACGACGAGGAAGGUCGUUACGCUGGCGGAGCUGAGGAAGCAGUACCAGGAGGAGCUGGACCGGAUCGCGGCGAUUCAGAACAACCAGUUUGAGUUUGCCGAGGACGAGGACGACGCGAUGGACGAGUCGUGA